CCGAAAACAUGUUUUCGUUUUCUUGCCGUUAACCCCAAUACGACACCGCACAUCUCUCCUGAACGCAGAAAACGCUAAAACGCCUAUUGGACCGGAAACAUGUACGAAGGCGUGGGCGGCAAUUAGAUGGAGCAGUUCCACUGCAACGAGGCGAUCUCAGCCGUUGCUGACGAUGGAUUUUUGGGCGAAGAGGACGACGAUUACGAGGAUCUUUACAACGACGUCAAUGUGGGUGAGGGUUUCUUGCAAUCUAUUAGGAAAAAUGAGGAUUUAGGUUUUCAAAAUCAGGAUUGUAGCAACAAUAAUAACAACACUAGCGCUGAGAAAAAGAUCAACCCACCUGUUGUUGUAGCGCCGAAUCCAGGUGGUGCCGUGACUGGAGAUAAUAAUAUUUCUAGACUUUCUAGUUAUGAAAAUCAGGGCUUUAGGGGGAGUGGUGUCGGGCAGAAAGGACCCACUGGUCUAUCCGGUGGGUUUAGGGUUGAAUUGGGGCAGAAUUUUAGUAAAGUGAAAGACGUUGAAGAGCAGAGCGGUAACAAUACUAGCCUUAUUAGCUGCAGCAGCAACAACAAUAAUAACAAUGGAAGUGUUCAAGGGAAUAUCGGCCAGCAGUCUAGUGGUGGUGGGGGUGGUGUGAAUGUAGGCAAUUUACCUAAUGAGAGUAUGGGUAGGAAUGUGAAUGGAGGAAAUAUGAUUGGUAAUGGUACUGGUGCUGGAGCUUUGGGUGCCGGUGGAGGAGGUUCUGGUGGAGGUGGGACUUUAUUGUUUGUUGGGGAUUUGCAUUGGUGGACAACGGAUGCAGAGCUAGAGGCUGAGUUAUGCAAAUAUGGCGUGGUAAAGGAAUUGAAGUUUUUUGACGAGAAAGCAAGUGGAAAGUCAAAAGGGUACUGUCAAGUUGAAUUUUAUGACCCUGCUGCAGCUGCGGCUUGUAAGGAAGGGAUGAAUGGGCAUUUAUUUAACAGAAGGCCAUGUGUGGUGGCUUUUGCAUCUCCUUAUAGUGUGAAGAGGAUGGGAGAAGCUCAGGUAAAUAGGAAUCAGCAUAUGGCUCAGGCUUCACUUGCUCAAGCACGGAGGGGGAAUAAUGAUGGGGGGAAGAGUGGGCGUGAAGGUGGUUCAAGUGGUGGUGCUAUUGCAACUGGUGGAAAUUAUCAAGGUGGGGAUGGAAAUAGAGGAUAUGGGAGAGGAAAUUGGGGGAGAGGGAAUGGGCAAGGGGUGGGCGGUAGAGGGCUGGCUGGUCCAAUGAGGAAUAGGGCUGGUGGGAGGAUGGGUGGGAGAGGUAUAAUGGGAAAUGCUGGAAAUGGUUUUGGCCAGGGCAUUGGUGCUACCCCUCCUUUAUUGCAUCCCAAUUCAAUGAUGGGGCAAGGGUUUGAUCAAUCAUUUGGUCCACCUAUGGGGAGAAUGGGGACUUAUGGGGGCUUUCCUGGGGCUCCUACACCUCCUUUUUCAGGGAUUUUACCUUCCUUCCCACCUGUUGGAGGUAUGGGGUUGCCUGGAGUGGCUCCACAUGUAAAUCCAGCAUUUUUUGGAAGAGGAAUGCCAAUGAAUGGCAUGGGAAUGAUGCCUGCAACUGGUGUUGAUGGAACCAAUAUGGGAAUGUGGUCAGAUCCUAUUAUGGGUGGAUGGGUUGGGGAGGAGCAUGGUGGUGGAAGAGCUGGCGAGUCUAGUUAUGGUGAGGAAGCUGCAUCUGAUCAUCAGUAUGGUGAGGUUAGUCGCGAUAGAGGAGGUCGGCAGAACACCAUGAAGGAGAAUGAUAGAGCUUCAGAAAGAGAAUGGUCUGGAUCCUCUGAUAGAAGGUGCCGGGAUGAUAGAGAAGCGAGGUGUGAUAGAGAGAUGUCUAGAGAAAAAGACAUGGGUGGUCAUGAUCGUGACUGGUCAGAGAGAAGGCAUCGUGAUGAAAGGGAAGUUGGUAGAGAAAGGGAGAGGGAGCGUGAAAGGGAUAGGGAACAUUCUCGAGAUCAUGAGCGUGAGCGAGAAAGGGAUCGCAAUUGGGACUGGGAUCGUGAUCGUUAUAGGGAAGACCGGGAUAGAUAUGCUGAUCAUCAUAGGUACAGGGAUCGUGAAGUGGAGCAAGAUGAUGAUUGGGACAGGGGUAGGUCUUCACGGACUCACUGCAAAUCAAGAAUAUCACAAGAGGAGGACCAUCGUUCAAGAUCAAGGGAUUCUGAUUAUGGGAAGAGACGAAGGCUUACAUCAGAGUAACAUAGUAAACUGCCUACAAUUAGCUAAGUUCAGAAGUAUUCGGUUCAUCAAAUUUAUUUUGAAUCUCAUUCAAGGGGUUUUUUGGGUUCUUCAUUUCCUGAGCUGCGGUUCUCAGUUCAUUACCUGAAGUUUCUCUGUUUGCUUCUUCCCAUGGCAGCAUGGAUGCAUUAUCUUGCAAAAGGGCUUGAAGGCAUAUGAUCUUGAGAAUCAAGACUAUUCGAUGGAGUUCAAGGUUUUUCUCGGAGAUGACAGGGACCUCAAUCUUCUAUGCGAGGAAAACUGCAUGGUGGUUGCUAUUUUGCCUGCAUUGAUGUAGAAAUGGAACUUUUGGCUUUAAGUUGUUAGCUUUCCUUUGUCAUUUAUGUUUUAGUUAAUUAACACUUGAUCAUCAAACCAAUGCUGUGGAUUAUGUUAUGGCUUGAAAUUGCUGAAGUCUGGAUGUGGUAGAUUAUUAUCGUACUUUUUGAAUGUGAUGUAAUAGGAUUUAGAGUAGAGGAUGUUACUGAUGGAGCGAGCCGUUUCUGAUUAGCUAGUUGUAUAUUUUCUAGCUUAUUUCUUUUAGUUUUUGAGCAUGCCUCCAGAUUGCCCAUGCGGUUUUUGUGAAGAGUAUGUAGAUUUUUUUUUCUUUUAAUCAUUUCAGUGAAUGACAAUUAUUUAAGCGCUGAGAAUUGUACAAAUACGAUAUUUUGUAUAUAUGAAUAUGGCUGAUCAGAUUUUGUAAUAUACAAAAGAUGUUCAUAUUUU